AUGUGUAUUGUGGCGCUGGACACAACAACAAUCGAAGAGCUCCAGUUGAUUAGUGAACUCAUUGCGGGCAAUGAGUUUCUCAAGCUACUUCUCGAUCACGACGAGCAGCAGCGCAGCCUGCACAGCGAAGAGGAGGAAUUCGAGGGACAUGGCCGAUUGAAUAGUGCGAGAAGUCUUGAGCAUAGGACACGUUACCGCAAUGCCAAUGGCCAGCAGCAGACAGACGCUGAGGGCAAACAGGUCGUCAAGUUGGUUACCACAGGCAGCAAGAUUGUCUUUCUGGAUGAUGCACCAGUUGAGCGUCAUAUCGUCAAGUCGACCACAAAACCAAAUGCCAGCGAUGAGGUCAAGGUGGUUGCUGUCAGUGUUAGCUCCUCCAGCAGACGUGGCAGUCGCAGAAGCAGUGCUCCCAGUGCAAUCGGUGUGGACUUUGUCAAUCGUUCGCACAAGAGCGAAUUGUCCAUUGAGGAGACCGAACCACGCUUGGCUGCCGAUGUCAUGGAUGUGGAAAGCGAUUCGUUGAACAGCGCCUCCAACAUACAAAAUGUUUUGGCGGCGCCACUGCUUGCGGCAGCCGCCUCCAGUCGCUCCAAUUCGGUGGCUUUUCGCAGCUCUGUCGCCACUGGGCGAAAUGUCAGCGAGGCGACAGCUGCCGAUGACAAAUUGUUGCCGUUCCAGACGGUAAUCUAUCACGACACAGGGUCCAAACAGGGUCAUGGCCCCCAGUCAAGAUCAAUAUCAUACAGUUCCAUAUCACAGAACGUGGAUGACCUGCAUCUGCCAAGUGGUUGGCACAAGUCAGCUGGCAUUUUGGCCGAGGCACAGCGUAAUGUCAGCGACAGUUUGAAGCCCAUGCCACGUCUGGCCUCGGAACCCGCCAAAUUCUACUCUGUGCCGGCCAAAAUGUACAGUGUGCCCUCGAAAUUCUAUUCGGAGCCAGCUAAAGUCUACUCCGAGCCAGCGAAAAUGUAUGGUCAGCCUGAGAAGGUUUAUUCGGAGCCAGCGAAAGUUUAUGGACAACCCUCGAAGUUCUAUUCGGAGCCAGCGAAAGUUUAUUCACAGCCAGCUAAGGUUUAUGGAGAGCCUGCCAAGACCUACUGGCCGCUAACUGGAACGGCCAGCACGACCAGCUCGCCCACCACCACAGGAGCAACUGCAACAACGACAAUCAAAGCCACCACAACGAGAGGAACAACAACAAAAACAACAAGAGCACCAACAAUAACAACAACAACGGCAGCGAGUGCAACUGUGCCACCGGGCGCUGCCCCAAGCACCUUUGUGCCCUCGCGUCGACCGGCAAUUGUGUCGAGGAUUGCAUUCGGUGAGGCACAGACAACGACAGCGACAACAACAACAACAACGACAACAGCGAGAUCUAUGGAAUCUCAGACAGCAACGAGCAGCACGUCGGCCACUGUCAGGCCCAGCACUUGGCAGCAACAUUAUCACCAAACUCAUAAUCAGCAACUGCAACAACAACAACAGCAUCAGCAACAGCAUCAGCAGACGGCAAUAAAUGCGGGCAAUUCACAACCGCGUCGUGUACUCUUCAAUUUGGAUAGAUUGCCUUAUGAUUUAUUGAAUGCACCACAGCCUCAACCGCAACAGCAACGCCAUCUAUUGGAGCCAAUUUUAUCAUCAAAAAGUCCAAGUCUACAACAGCAACAACAUCGUCCAUGUUGGGAGCAACAGCCACAACAACAACAACAGCAACGUCAGCAUUCAUCACUGUCGCUUCAACAUUCUAAUCAAAAUGCCAAAGGAUUGCCCAAUAGAGAUCUAGUCAAGUGUGUUUCCAAAUUCGCACAGCACCAACAUGCAACACACGGUGGCAACAGCGCCUAUUCAUACAUUUCCAGUUCGAGCAGCUCAUCAUCCUCAUCCUCUGCAGCUGGUGAUGCUGCGGUCAUGUUACCACAUUUUACAACCGAACGCGCUGAGCUUUACACACCGACCCCAGAGCAAAAUUACGAAAUUGAGGAGUCCGUAAGUGUUAUGACAAACGGACGAGCCCAUGGCCUGCAGGGUGGCAGCAGCAGCAACAUUGGCUCAGCUGGCUUCUCACUGGUCACAGCAACAACACCAGCCACUCCAGCAAUAACAACAACUACAACACCAGCAGCAGCAGCGCUGUCUGCAGCAUCUGCAACAACGCAACGCGGUCGCAAUCGUGGCAUAGACCGGGGACGUGGUUCGGUGGUUUAUAACGCCAACGCAAAUGCCAACGACUACGACGACGAAGGCAAUGGCGAUGGCGAUGGCGACGGCGAUGGCGGUGGCAGUGACGAUGGCUAUGAUGGUGAUGAUGGCAACUCGGAUGAGGGCAGAAGGGGCCACCCGGAUGAGUCAGAUGAUGAUAAAGUCGCCUAUGUGGUCGAGGGACGCAACUAUCGCAAGUAUCGCGUUGAGGAGAAAACCGACGAUGGUUUCAUCGUUGGCGAGUAUGGCGUUGUCGACCACAACGAUGGCAACUUGAGCGGCGUGCGUUACACCGCCGACUCGACCAUUGAUCGCAGUUUGAUACAAAAGGGGCUGUUGACAUUUUUGAAGCUCAAGUAGUCGCAAGUCGCACAGCCAAAGAGACUGUGCAGACUGCAGUCGAGCUGCCUCAGCUGCCCCAGCUGCCGCCUUCUGCUGUCCAGCUGAACCAGCUGCCACAGCUGCCACAACGGCCACAAUUGCUGUGGCAUUCAUUUCAUACACAUGUGAUCCAAGUCGUAUUGUAGUUAGCGUAGCUUAAAUUAAUAUAAAGUAGCCUUCAUUUAUUAAAGCCCAAAUGACACUGGCUGAAAGUGACAAAUUCAACAAUCGAUUUAUUUUGAAACUGAAUCAAGUACAUACAUGUCUAUAAAGAGUUAGAGUAAAAUAAAUGUGUCCAGUGAACUGGGCAAAAGUCGAAGCUUUUGCUGGAAGCUUUAAUGAGCUUUCACUGUAAUCUGAUGAUUUAAUUGCAUACAAUUUAAACACAAUACUUGAAAGAUUUCGCUGAAGGUUUUAAUAUGCUUUCAAAUCAAACUUAAGUGAAAGGCUGCUCAGCAUAUUUUGAUAAAAUGAUCAAUUAAAAGAAAUAUGGUAUUAGUAAACAUUUUGUGGCAAGCUUUAAUAUGCUUUCACUUCAAACAAAAGCAGAAAGCUGCGAGAGAUAAAAAAUUAAUCAUGAGAUUUUUAAAAUUAUACUGAUAAAAUAGCUAGAAUUAUUUGAAAUCUUGUGUUGGAAAGCUUUAAUGAGCUUUCACUGAAUCUUAAAACGAAACGUUGACAAGCUAUUUAUUUAUCAGCUUAGUUUGUCCUUUUGCCAAGAUUAAUCCCACGUUUGAUUGUCAGUUUCAGCAAGUGUCAAUGGGAAUUAAGUACCACAUAGUUAGUACGUGUACGUCUACACAUAAUCACGACUAUCUGUUCCACUUAAUCCUACAGCCCCAUUCAGCAAGUGUGCGUGAGCGUGUUGUAUGUGUAACUGUAAUUAUAACUGUACCAGUAACUGUAUUUGUAUUUGUGUGUCUGCGUAUGUAAUCGAAUUUGUUUAAUAGUUUAGUUAAUGUUUUAAUUAAUUUAUUGUAGUUGUUGGUAUUGUAAUUAAUUUAAUUUAAAUUAUACACUUAACUAAACGAUCCGCAAAAUUUUGAACUAGCAAACUUGCCAUAAUUUACUCAUAACAAUUUGGCCAAGUUAGUUGGCCUCAAAAAAGCACGAACACAACUAAAUGCAUAAACUAUCCUAAUUAGAGUCCUAAGUAACGAGUAACUUGCAGUGUGAACUAAGUAAAUAAUAAAUGAAGUAAAUUAAUAAAGAACACUGAUUGAAAUUGUAAA